CUUUUAGUUGCUUUGGCUUUGACUUUGCAAAUUGAUGGCUUUCUAUUCAGUUUACGGACAACACGCGCUGCAAACGAACGAUGUCGGAGAGCCAGGAGACUUGCGAACUUACCCUGCCCCUGGGCCAAAUUAAGGGCAUCAAGCGGCGUAGUCUCUAUGAUGACAGCUACUUCAGCUUCGAGAAGAUCCCCUUUGCGAAGCCUCCAGUGGGAGAGCUGCGAUUCAAGGCCCCGGUGCCGGCAGAGGCGUGGCCCGGGGUUUUGGAUUGCACCCACUUUGCGGAGAAGCCAACCCAGAGGAGUUUGUUGACGGGCGUUAUUGAAGGUACCGAGGACUGCCUGUACCUGAACGUCUACUCCAAGCAGUUAAAGACUGACAAGCCGUUGCCGGUAUUGGUCUACAUUUAUGGCGGGGCCUUCACAAUCGGUGAGGCAACGCGCGAUAUCUACGGCCCGGACUACUUCAUGGCCAAAGAUGUGGUCCUGGUAACUCUCAAUUAUCGCGUUGAUUGUUUAGGAUUUCUCUCCCUCGAGGAUCCUAGUCUGGAGAUACCCGGAAAUGCAGGCCUCAAGGAUCAGGUGCUGGCUAUUAAGUGGGUCAAGCAGUACAUUUCCAACUUCAACGGCGAUGAUAACAACAUUACGCUUUUCGGAGAGAGUGCCGGCGGGUGUUCCACCCACUUUAUGAUGUGCUCGGAACAGACCAGGGGACUGUUCCACAAGGCCAUUCCCAUGUCGGGCACUGUGCACAACUACUGGUCCAAUAACCCACGUGAGGACUUCGCCUUCCGCCUGGCCCAGCAGUACGGCUUCACUGGCGAAAAUGUAGACGCCAAGGUUUUGGAGCACCUUCGAGGAGUUCCUGCCAGAGACUUGGUAAACCACAAUCUAAUAACACCCGAGCACCGACGGAACGGCCUGCUCUUCGCCUUCGGUCCCACCGUGGAGUCGUUUGUGGGUGCGGACUGCGUGCUGCCCAAGCCGCCUGUGGAAAUGGCCCGAGAUGCGUGGUCAAACAGUUUGCCCAUUAUGCUGGGCGGAACCUCAUUCGAGGGUCUCUUCAUGUACCCAGGUGUAUCCGCCAAUCUCAAGGCAUUGGAUAGCCUGAACCAGGACCCCACGAGGAUGGUGCCGCGGGAUGUGCGGGACGUCAGCAGCGAGCAGGAUAAUCUUGAGUUCAGCAAGCGUCUGAUCAAAGCCUACUUCGGAGAUUCCCCACCCAGUUCAGAGCGCUUCAUGAACAUGCUCGACUUCUACUCCUAUAAGGUCUUCUGGCACGGCUUCAAUCGCACUUUGAACGCAAGACUUGCAUAUGCAAAGGCACCCACGUAUUUCUACCGCUUCGACUUCGACUCUCCGAACUUUAACUUUUACCGGAAAAAGUUCUGCGGGGACAACAUAAAGAGUGGUGUGGCCCAUGCCGACGAUCUGAGCUAUUUGUUCAGGAACGCACUAUCUUGGAAACUGGAAAAGUCAUCUGCUGAAUACCGCACCAUCGAACGGAUGGUUGGUAUUUGGACGGCGUUCGCAGCGACCUCGAAUCCCAACUGCCCGGAAAUUGGUCAAGUGGACUGGAAGCCAUCGACAAAGGAUGAUCCCAAGCCAGUGCUCAACAUCAGUAACGAAGUGAAGAUUAUUGAUUUGCCCGAGUAUGAAAAACUUCAGAUUUGGGAUGGAAUCUACAAACCGGAUCAAUUAAUCUAAGUCGAACAUAUAGUUAAUUGCUUAAUGCCAUAAUAACAGAUUCUAAGAGGGAUACUAUUUUAAAGCAUUGUUGUGUUAAAUUACCUAUUAAAACAAAGUAAAAUAUUUUUUAUUCCUGAAACUAGGCAUUCCCGCAAUAAAACAGAUUUCUUUAUUUAAA